CGCCGCCUUCCCCGCCCGCCCGCCCGCCGGCACAGCGCGGGACGGAGCAGCGGCGGCCCCGCGGUGGAUGCGGGAGCAGCGCCGGCUCAGGAAUGCAGCAGCCGGGCGGCGCGGACGGGAGCCUCCCGCUGCUGCUCCCGCUGCUGCUGCUGCUGCGAGCGGGGAGCCGCGCCGAGCCCGGGGACGCCACGCAAGGAGUGAAUUCCUCGGUUGUUGCUGAUUUCAUGCCCACGUCCUCAUGGAACAUCUCAAGUGAAUUAGAUAAAGAUUAUUUCCUGACGCUGGACGAACCCAUGAACAACAUCACCACCACCCUGGGCCAGACUGCAGAGCUGCACUGCAAAGUGUCAGGGAACCCCCCUCCCACGGUCAGGUGGCUGAAGAACGACGCUCCCGUGGUGCAGGAGCCCCGCAGGAUCUCCUUCCGAGCCACCCCCUACGGCUCCCGCCUGCGCAUCCGCAACCUGGACACCACCGACACCGGCUACUUCCAGUGCGUGGCCACCAACGGCAGGAGGACUGUCUCCACCACUGGCGUGCUCUUUGUGAAGUUUGGUCCCCCGCCAACAGCAAGCCCAGGAUCCUCGGAUGAGUAUGAGGAGGAUGGGUUUUGCCAGCCCUACAGGGGCAUCGCCUGCGCCCGCUUCAUUGGCAACAGAACCAUCUACAUGGAGUCCCUGCACAUGCAGGGGGAAAUAGAAAAUCAGAUUACAGCUGCCUUCACCAUGAUCGGCACCUCCAGCCACUUGUCGGAUAAGUGCUCCCAGUUUGCCAUCCCCUCGCUGUGCCACUACGCCUUCCCCUACUGCGACGAGACCUCCCCUGCUCCCAAACCCCGGGAUCUGUGCCGGGAUGAGUGUGAGAUCCUGGAGAACGUCCUGUGCCAGACCGAGUACAUCUUCGCCAGGUCCAACCCCAUGAUCCUGAUGCGGCUGAAGCUGCCCAACUGCGAGGAUCUGCCCCAGCCCGACAGCCCCGAGGCCGUCAACUGCAUCCGCAUCGGGAUUCCCAUGGCUGAUCCCAUCAACAAAAAUCACAGGUGCUACAACAGCACGGGCGUGGAUUACCGGGGCACGGUGAGCGUGACGCGCUCGGGGCGGCAGUGCCAGCCCUGGAACUCGCAGUACCCCCACACCCACACCUUCACUGCUGCCCGGUACCCCGAGCUCAACGGGGGCCACUCCUACUGCAGGAACCCUGGCAACCAGAAGGACGCCCCGUGGUGCUUCACCUUGGAUGAGAACCUCAAGUCUGAGCUCUGCGAUGUCCCAGCCUGUGAUUACAAGGAUUCCAAGGAGAAGAAUAAAAUGGAAAUCCUGUACAUCCUGGUGCCAAGUGUCACCAUUCCCCUGGCCAUAGCCUUGCUCUUCUUCUUCAUCUGCAUUUGUCGCAACAACCAGAAAUCCUCGUCCCCGCCGGUGCAGAGGCAGCCCAAACAUGUCCGGGGGCAGAACGUGGAGAUGUCCAUGCUCAACGCCUACAAACCAAAGAGCAAAGCCAAGGAGCUGCCCCUCUCCGCCGUUCGCUUCAUGGAGGAGCUGGGGGAGUGCGCUUUUGGGAAGAUCUACAAGGGCCACCUCUACCUGCCGGGCAUGGACCACGCCCAGCUGGUGGCCAUCAAGACCCUCAAGGACUUCAACAACCCGCAGCAGUGGGCGGAAUUCCAGCAGGAAGCGUCCCUGAUGGCGGAGCUGCACCACCCCAACAUCGUGUGCCUGCUGGGCGUGGUGACGCAGGAGCAGCCCGUGUGCCUCCUGUUCGAGUACACCAACCAGGGCGACCUGCACGAGUUCCUGGUCAUGCGCUCGCCCCACUCCGACGUCGGCUGCAGCAGCGAUGAGGACGGCACGGUCAAGUCCAGCCUGGACCACGGCGACUUCCUGCACAUCGCCGUGCAGAUCGCCGCCGGCAUGGAGUACCUGGCCGGGCACUUCUUCGUCCACAAGGACCUGGCCGCCCGCAACAUCCUGAUCGGGGAGCAGCUCCACGUGAAGAUCUCCGACCUGGGGCUCUCCAGGGAGAUCUACUCGGCCGAUUAUUACAGGGUGCAGAACAAGUCCCUGCUGCCCAUCCGCUGGAUGCCCCCCGAGGCCAUCAUGUACGGCAAGUUCUCCUCCGACUCCGACAUUUGGUCCUUCGGGGUGGUUUUGUGGGAAAUAUUCAGCUUCGGCCUCCAGCCCUACUACGGCUUCAGCAACCAGGAGGUGAUCGAGAUGAUCCGGAAGCGGCAGCUGCUGCCGUGCUCCGAGGACUGUCCCCCCAGGAUGUACAGCCUGAUGACGGAGUGCUGGCACGACCUGCCCUCGCGCAGGCCGCGCUUCAAGGAGAUCCACGCGCGCCUGCGCUCCUGGGAGGGGCUCUCCAGCCACACCAGCUCCACCACCCCCUCGGGCGGCAACGCCACCACCCAGACCACCUCGCUGAGCGCCAGCCCCGUCAGCAACCUCAGCAACCCCAGGUACCCCAACUACAUGUUCCCGGCGCAGGGCAUCCCCCAGGGCCAGCUGGCGGGGUUCAUGGGGCCGCCGCUGGCGCAGAACCAGCGCUACAUCCCCAUCAACGGGUACCCCAUCCCGCCGGGCUACGCCGCCUUCCCCGCGCCCCACUUCCCCCCGCAGGCUCCCCCCAGGGUGAUCCAGCACUGCCCCCCUCCCAAGAGCCGCUCGCCCAGCAGCGCCAGCGGCUCCACCAGCACGGGCCACGUCACCAGCCUGCCGUCGUCGGGCUCCAACCAGGAGGCCAACAUUCCCUUGCUGUCCCACAUGGCCAUUCCCAGCCACCCGGCGGGCAUGGGCGUGCCGGUGUUCGGCAAUAAAACUCAAAAACCCUACAAAAUGGACUCCAAGCAGUCCUCCCUGCUGGGGGACGCCAGCAUCCACGGACCCAACGACUCGGUGAUCUCGGCCGAGUUGUAAAUACGCGAGGCCUUUGUAAAUAGAACCCUUCGGACGCAGACUCGAAAGGGGUAGGAGAGGUUUUUCUUUUUUCCCUAUUCAAAUAUUUUAUUGAAGAUCCUUUUCUGGCUGUUGGACAGACAUCGCAGCAAAGUGUCUUCUGUGAAGUUUCACUGCUCGCCAGGAUGGGCAGGCACGACCAGACGGAUCCUCCUGGUGGGAAUCCUCAGCCUUGGCCACGGUUCUCCAAGUGCCACCAGCAAUUCAAAGAGAGGCAGAGGGAAUCUGAGGGGUUUUUUUAAAAUAAAAACAUUUUAUCCGAUGCUUUUUCACGGUUUUUUGAAGCUCCGGCGUGGUUUGAAUCACAGGAACAUUUUUUAAUGCUGAAAACCAUAUUUUAAUAUUUGUCUCUUUUUUUAGGAGAUGCAAAGAUUCGGAGAUCUGGGUGUGCAAUUUCAGUGCCAAUAGGGAAAGUAUUUGUAAAUGUUGCAGUCGAGGAUUGUGUUUCAAAUAUGCGAUCUGAGAGCUGAAUCAAUUACUUCAGGUGGGAUUUUGGUCUUUGGUUUGGUUGGGAGUCUGAACUCGGAUUCAUACCAAAAAAUGUCAUUUAUGUGACAGCACAAAUGCUGGAGUUAUCAGCUUGCAGUCUCCAAACCUCAUCUGCUGCUGGCUGCUAAGGACAGCUGGAGCUCUUAAGGAAUUGCCUUAAAGGAAAUGAAAUUAAAGGGCUUUAAUUUCAGAACCUGAAUCAACUUCUUCAAAGAUAACGUUUCAUGAUCUAGUCGCUCAAGCAGGAAUUUUAUAUCCUUUUGUUGCUAUGCAACUGUGUAAUGGAAAAACGCCAAACCACAAUUUUAGAGAUGACAAUCAGUUUUCCCAGGAAUAUUUAUUGUGUCAUUUCAGUGACUCUGACUCCAGUAACCCUGGAAAAAGGGAGGCUCACAUUCCAUCAGGCAGCAAAUCCAUCGAUAGCAGUUGUGUCUAAUAAUGUGAAUUAGUGCCGAUUUUCCACGUAGAAAUGCACCAUUUGUGUCGUUAAAAAACCCAUUCAGGUAGAACCAAUUGAGAUUCUUCAUUUGAAACCACUUUAAUGAGUUACACACGUGCUGUGUACGGUACAUUUUCCACAGACUCUUUUUUUGUACUGAAUAAUAUUUUUAUUGUCCACAAAAAACAAUCUUUUUGCUCAGUUGACAAUGUUGUAUAAUAGGACUUUAUUUUUAUCUUUUUGCACAAAAGUGUGAUGAUGAUUUUGUACAGCAGAAGUGAAAAUACAUCUCUGCAUUUUAUAUCUUGGGGCUGUUUCUUUUGAUUUUUACCCUGAUGUAGAUGUUCCUGAAAUAUAUUAUGGUGAUACUCAGCCACUACCUUAUACAAAUAUCUUUCUUUGUUUUCACUGCAUGCUUUUAAUCACUGUAUUACUUGAUGAUUGAGUUAUUAAUUACGGGCAUUUCAAUUAGGCAAGCAUGGAAAAAAAAAUGUAAUAACAAAGGCUAUUUUAUAACUGAGAUAUGUGCAUUUUUGUAUUUCACGUGCCAGAGAUGAUAUUAAACACUGAUUAUUUUA